AACAAUGGAUUGUUUUGGUUUCCACUUGAUCGGUGGAGGUGGGCUCGCUUAUACCAUCCUGAUUGCAUUGGGCAGGGAACUGGCCCGAGUCGGACAUUAGCGAACCUGAUGCCGUGACGCGUAGAACCAACCCCACCGUGAAGAAACCUUUACAGGCUGUACGUAGGGCCGUGCCGUCGCCCCUCCUUCCUUCGUCGAUCUCUCUCUCGGCGACGACUGGGCGACCGCUGCCUCCUGUUGCCCUGGUCUCCAUUGGGCCCUUUGCCAGAUUUUCUUUCGCCUCUCCGCCGGCGACGAACACCACCACCAGGAAUGGGCUUGUGGACGUUGCUGGAGGGUUUUUUGCUUCUUGCAAAUGCGUUGGCUAUAUUGAAUGAAGACCGCUUUCUCGCUCCAAGGGGAUGGAGCAUGUCUGAAGUAUCAGGAAAUGGGCAAACGAAGUCGUUGAAGGGCCAGAUCGUGGGGCUAAUCUAUGCUACACAAUUUCUGAGGAUGCCCUUAAUAGCACUCAAUGUUCUGAUCAUUGUUGUGAAACUGGUGUCUGGCUGAGGCUCAUUAUCUAGUUUUCACUGUUGUGUUGGAUUGAUAUCUGUUCCAGCAUGAUGUAAAAGUUAGUAAUACUCAAAGCUGCUGGAAAUAUGUUCAUUUUUUACUCUAAUGUGAAUUUCUGUUAUUUCUUCUGGUAAA